GUCUGUUCCAAGUUCGUGCUUCCCAAAUCACCGUUCAUGUCGGGAUCUAAGCUCUUUUCAUCGAACAUGCCUUGCUCUACUGUUCCUAGACGCACAAGAAGAUCACACUGCUUUGCUUCUUCUAAAGAUAUGAGCUUUGACCAUAUCCCUAAACAAUUUCGAGGAGACAAUCUCAAAGACGGAGUGAUGCACAACUUCCAGACUGUACCGCAAUAUUUUUACGGGCUUAAUCCAGCUCAAAUGGAUAUGUUCAUGACGGAGGAUAGCCCUGUCCCUGAAAUUGCAGAAAUGCUAUCUCAUGACAUGAAAAAGGAGGGUCUAACAGCAAGGACGUUGACACUUAAACUGAAAACUACCUCCUUUGAGAUCAGGAGCAGAGCUGUUAGCCUGCAGAGGUACACGUGUUCAAGUGAUGAUAUACUAAAGCAUGCUACAACGCUGUUGAAGGCGGAACUUCCUGUUUCCGUAUGGUUGAUAGGUUUGCGCAUGUCGCAGUUCGUUGGAGAAAUCCGCAAUUCUGAUCCUUCACAGGGAACUAUUACUAAGUUCAUCGUUCAAAAGGAUUCUUCAAGACAAGAUCUGGAUGAUAAUGACUCAUUUGACUUAGAUGCUAGUAAAAUUGCUUAAGUAAUGACGUGAGUUUAUCCUUUGGUUCCCAUGAGACAAGCUAUGCCCAUCUGAAGGAUGUUGUUGAAUAUGAAGAACGAUCCCAAAUAGAUUCUGAAAAGGUAA